AUGUGCUGGCGCUCCGACACGCCCCUGAUGUACAAGGCCUGCCCGACCUGGUUCAUCAAGGUGGAAGAGAUCCGCGACAAGCUCGUGGAGAACAACAAGCAGACGUAUUGGGUGCCAGAUUACGUGAAGGAUAAGCGCUUCCACAACUGGCUCAGCGAGGCCAGGGACUGGAACGUCUCCCGCACGCGCUACUGGGGCACCCCGCUGCCGCUGUGGGUCUCGGCCGACUACGAGGAGAUCAUCUGCGUCGGCUCGGUGGCGGAGCUCGAGGAGCUCUCAGGUCGCAAGGUCACCGACCUGCACCGCCACUUCAUCGAUGACAUCGAGAUCCCCUCCAAGAAGGGCAAAGGCAUGCUGAAGCGCGUAGACGAGGUCUUCGAUUGCUGGUUCGAGAGCGGUGGCAUGCCGUAUGCGAGCAAGCACUACCCCUUCGAGAGGAAGGAGGAGUUCGAGAAGGGCUUCCCGGCGCAGUUCAUCGCCGAGGGCCUGGACCAGACGCGUGGCUGGUUCUACACCCUGAUGGUCUUGUCGACGAUCCUUUUUGACAAGCCGGCCUGGAAGAACCUCAUCGUGAACGGCCUGGUGCUCGCAGAGGAUGGGAAGAAGAUGAGCAAGCGCCUGAAGAAUUAUCCGGACCCUGUGUACAUGUGCGACAGCUACGGCGCCGACUCCGUCCGCAUGUACAUGUGCAACUCGCCCGUGGUCCGGGCGGAGCCACUGAAGUUCGCCGAGGCUGGCGUCAGGGAGGUCGUGAAGAACGUGUUCCUGCCGUGGUACAACGCCUACCGCUUCUUGGUCGGGGAGGCGACACGCUACGAGGCCAGUGAGAACGCAGUCUUCAAGCAGGACAGCGAGCGCAUCAAGAAGAGCACCAAUCUGAUGGACAGGUGGAUCAACGCAUCCUCACAUCAGCUCAUCAAGUUUGUCCGCGAGGAGAUGGACGCCUACCGUCUCUACACGGUUGUUGGCGGGCUUACGAAGUUCCUCGAGGAGCUCACCAACUGGUACAUCCGACUGAAUCGCGACAGGAUCAAGGGCGACAACGGCACCGAGGAGACAGUCACCGCGCUGUGCACCUUGUACGACGCGGUCCUGAACGUGACCAUCAUGCUGGCAGCAGUCACUCCGUUCAUCACUGAGAUGAUCUAUCAGAACCUGGCUCGCGCGCUGCCCGACGGCCACCCCCUGAAGGCGAAGUCGGUCCACUUCGUGAUGGUCCCCGAGUACGAUCCCGAGGCCCUGGACCCGGGCAUCCAGAGGGCAGUGGCGUCGAUGCAAACCGUCAUCGAGCUCGGGCGGGUGUCGCGCGAGCAGAGGCAAGUUGCGCAGAAGAUGCCGCUGAAGUCUAUGACUAUCUACAAUAGGGACGAGACUUUCCGGAAUGACAUCGCCCUUCUGCAGGCGUACGUCAAGGAUGAGAUCAACGCAGUCGAAAUGGUGCUCGAGAGCAAGCCGGGAGAUGAGAAACUCACGGCAGCGCUGAACUUCAAGGUGGCGGGGAAAAAGCUCGGCAAAGAUAUGAAGGCCGUCAAGGCGGCUGUGGAGAGCUUGUCCCAGGAGGAGCUUGUCAAAUUCGACUCGGAGGGCAAGAUCACAGUCUGUGGCCACGAGCUUGUGUCAGAAGACGUGUCGAUCUCCCGUGAGGUGGCUGGCCUGGAUAACCCGGAUCUUCAAACUAGCAGGGACAAGGAUACCGACACCAUGCUCGUACUCGAUUUCACUUCCGAUCCCGCGUUGGUGCUCGUUCGCGACUGCCGUGAAAUUGCCACUCGUGUGAACCAGCUGAAGAAGGCGUCCAAGAUGAAGCCCGACGAUCCCAUCGAUAUUUGGGCCGAAGUGGUAGACCCCAAGAAGGAUUCCCCCUUACAGGCUGCCCUUAUGGGCAAGGUGGAUCUCCUCGACAAGCUUCUUCGCAGGCGCCUGUUCCGUGCCCCGCAGAUGCAGGGCCACGAGGUCGUCGUCAAGACAGAGGACUACGACGUCAACGGAGAGAAGCUGCGGGUCACCCUGACAGACCGGACUGUCUACUUUAAUGACACUGCCCUGGCAGAGCUCUCCGGCGGAGACGCCUCUGUGGGCGAUGCAUUGCGGGGGCACCUGAAGAAGCUCACGCUGGUGCAGCUGUCCGAGGCCCAGACCGUGACCGUCUCCGGGACGGCCUACGAGCUGGUCCGGGGCAAGCACUUCUCCUGCGGACCCGCGGAGGCGGAGUGGAUCAAAGCUGGUUUUGCACCAACUGCGCGAACUGACAAGCCAGAGGCAGCUCCAAAGAAGGACGCGAAGCCCAAGAAGGAGGCCAAAAAGGACGGGAAGGCCGGGAAGAGCGCUGGUGAACCCGCGGAGCUUACCCCAGAGGAGCUCGAGGAGCUGCGGAAGAAGAGGCUGAAGAAGGUGAUAAAGGAGGGCGGCAAGCGCGGCGUGGAGAUCGAAGGCGCCGCCGACAUGGGCGGCCUCCAGUUCUUCUGCACGGCCGUGGAGGAGCCCGACGGCGACCUCGACCUGCUGGUGGAGUCGAUGAAGGCGAUGAACGCCAAGAGCGACCCGACCGACGAGGAGCGCAAGGGCGGCUCUGGUCACAUCGGCAAGAUGAUCUUCUCGGCUGGCACGGAGCAGCUGGCGGUCGCCGCGUACGUGCCCGAGGAGAAGCAGGGCGAGCUCUCCUGCGAGGAGUGGCUGCGGACGGUGCUCGCCCCCUUCUCCGGCAGCCUCUGCGGCACGGCCAAGGACCUUUGCUCUGGCGUCGUCAAGACGGACGCCGACAAGGGAGUCUUCCCGCUCAAGAUCCGGGAGUCCAUGAUCCUCGAGGCCAACAACUUCCUGAGAAAAAAGGGCCUGUUCCCCGAGGACAACGGCGACAGCGACGAAAUGGUCUUCGGCGACGACGACUUCCCCUCCUGA